UUUUCAGAAGAAUGUAAAUCUGCGCAGUGGCUUUCCUCUCUAAUCAUCUCAUUUGGCGAUGCAAAACAGGGACGACUUGAAUCAAAAACAAUACAUCAGAUGAAUGUGACCAGCAUGCGACUAUAUGACUGACAGGUGUAUCAGGCUGGUGCCUUUUUUUCAGAAACAGGAAAUAUUUCGCUGCUUUAGGGGUUGCAAGCAGAUCGUGCCCACAAAUCGCUGAUGUCCCAGCAAAGACAUGCUGUAAAUGGGACAUUACGGUGCUGGGGACGGUCUCACCAUGAAGGGCUCCAGCUCCAGAUGGGCCUUCUCCCUGGGCUUCUUGGUGGGGGCCUGCAGCAUCUACUUCUUCCUGCACCAGGUGUGGUUUGAGAGGAGCUACCCCGUGCUGUCAGAGGCUCAGGAAAGAGCCACAGCGGUGUCGGAGAGACCAAUCAGCUGGAGGAAGGAGGGAGCUGCUCUUAUCAACCUGCUCCAUCCUCACCAUGCAGAUGAAGACAGUCGGGUUGCAGAUGUGUUGUACCAGAAGGUACGUGUUCUAUGUUGGGUGAUGACGGGGCCGUAUAACCUGCAGAGUAGGGCCCGCCAUGUCAGGGCCACCUGGAGUCGCCACUGCAAUGUGGUGGUGUUCAUGAGCUCUGAAGAGGACCUAGACUUCCCCACUGUGGGCCUGGGCACCAAGGAGGGCCGUGACCAGCUCUACUGGAAGACCAUUCGAGCCUUCCAUUACGUCUACGAGCACCAUGCAAGUGAAGCCGAUUGGUUCUUAAAAGCAGAUGAUGACACAUAUGUGGUGGUGGACAACCUGCGCUGGAUUCUGUCCAACCACACCCCUGAAGAGCCCAUCUACUUCGGCAAACGCUUCAAGCCUUACACCAAGCAAGGCUACAUGAGCGGAGGGGCAGGCUAUGUUCUAAGCAAAGAGGCCCUCAAGAGAUUUGUGGAAGGUUUUCGGACCAAAGUUUGCUCACACACCACACCUGUAGAGGACUUGGCGCUGGGGCAGUGUUUGGAGAAGAUGGGCGUUCUGGCAGGGGACUCCAGAGAUACUUUGCAUCGUGAAACUUUCCACCCGUUUGUGCCAGAGCACCAUCUAACUGGCAAGUUCUCCAAGAGCUUCUGGUACUGGAGCUAUUGCUACUACCCAAUUGUUGAGGGUCCGCAGUGCUGCUCUGACCUGGCAGUAUCUUUCCAUUAUGUAGAAGCAGAGCUGAUGUACACACUGGAGUACUACACCUAUCAUCUGAGAGCGUACGGCUACAGGCCACGCUACCGACCCUCCUUACGUCUGGGUCUGAGCCAUGGCCCACUCUCACAGACAACCGGGACUGUGGGACUUAAAGGGGUUCAGGAGGUGACAGAUGGAAGGAGUCACACAACGUCAGCCUUCCUCGCUAGUGUAAACCAAACUAAAUCAGGGACAGAGCAAGAGAAAAGGACAAAAGACAAUCUAAUCUCUCACGCCACUGAGAACAAGACUACAGUCGCUCAAGGCAGGCACCUCUGAUUCCCUGCGCCGUAUGUCAACUAAUAUUUUCUUCAGAGAGGUCUUCCUUGAUCCGAUCGCAGUAUAAUUCCAGCCAGUAUGUCACUAUAAACGCCCACGGUGAGAGUGAUUAAAAUUUGAAUGUGAUUUUUGUAGCGGCA